GGAGGGCAAGAUGGGGGGAGGCCCAGGGCGAGGAGAGGCGCGGCCUCCGCCCCACACUCGGUCCUCCUUCUGUGGGGGCGCCGCCCCCUCCGCAUCCCGGGUUUUCGCCGCGUUUCUUCCAGUCCCCAUGCCUUCGCCGGAGUCACGAGCUACCGAGAGGCCCCCCCAAUCUGGUCCUGGGCCGGGGUAAGCGCGAGCUGGGGAGGGCACGGCCCUGGAGAGCGUGGGAUCCAUGUCAGGGCACGGGCUGCCCCCCGGGCUUUCAUCUCUCCGCUUUCUGUCUUUCUGCCGGGGCAGCUCGCAUGUGUGCAGCUUCCGCUGUUCACCGAGAGUCACUGUGUACAUUCUCUCAUUCAGUGCUGACAGCGCACUUCCGGGUGGGAGGCAGGUAUUGAUAGACCCGUUUUCCAGAGGAGGAAACUGAGACUCAUUAUGGAACUUGCCCAAGCCCAAGCUCGUCGGACUCCAUCGGGCUUUGCGUUAUAGAGUAGGCUAAUUUCCCCUUAGCUUCUCCUGUGCAUGCAAGUGCGGGGCCCCUCGGGGUCACCCUCCUUAAGGGCCUACUUGCGCAAUAACUCCCCAAUAGCGUGUUAGGCUCCUCUAAUUAGUCAAGCUGAAACACCCAUUACCAGAGUCCUGAUAGAAUAAGCAGGCAGUCUUAGGGUUUUACAGGUGGGAGGAUGGUUUUUAGGAACAAAGUAGCUCAGGCGAACGGGCUGGAUCCCCCUAGCGCUCCUGGUUUAGGUAUUUGAUGGGGGAGCAGGGUUCAAAGAAGGCUCCAGAGUUGUUCAGGAGUUGAGAUUGAUUAGCCUGAAGACGACCAGAGUGGGAGGGGUAGAGGGUGAAUGGAAGGGGCUGAAUAAUGUGCUUUUCAGGCCUGGCGGAGGCCCACCAUCUGUGCGCUCACUGCCUUCCCAUGGCCAACAUUUUUGUCCAGGUGAAACCUGGGUAUAAUUGUUACAGUCACAUUUGGUGAGCUGUGUGCUGGGCACUGUUCCAAGUACUUAAUCCUCUCAAACGCAAGAGGUAGGUAUUAUUAUUAUUAUUCCCAUUUUACAGGCAGGGGUGGGGGGGUGGAAUGAGGCACAAAAAAGAUUACAAAGCUAAGUCAGUAGCUGAGCUGGUUUUGAACCCUGGCAGUCUGAGUUGAGCCCACGCUCUCACUCAUUAAACAAAGUGCACCUAACAUGAUGGGAACAUGAGCCUCGAAGGUAGAAAGCUGGUGCAGAUGGCAGAGAGGUGUAUGUUAGGGCAGCCUGUGUCCUUUUGCCUUGGUGAGGGCAGGUAAGAAACUUGAGGUUGGCUGUGUGUGUAUAUGGAAUCUCAGACUUCCGUCUAGCCAAUAUUCCAGAUGUUUGGAUUUGACAGAAAAAAAAGAAAACCAAGUUCUCACAAAGAGCUGCAGCCUUCACUUAACGCUCGCUAAGGAUGUUCACCGUCAUCUGUUGUCACCAUCAUUUCACAAAAGCAAGUACAUUUUAAUUCUUCUCGAAAGAAAACAGACAUCGUCUGAAUCAAAAGCAGUUGCUCUGAAGAAAGUACAGUCCUUGACUUUCCACCAACAAAUACACAUUCCUCUUUUUUUUUUUAAAUCAUGCUGUGGACUAGCAAAAAUUUCUCACUGGGGAUGCCUCUGCUUCUAAUCUGUCUGAAUCAUUUGAUGGCAGAAAUGGGCUAAGGUGUGGCAGGAAAGAGGUUAGAGCCAAGAAAGAACUCUCCUUCUUUGGAGAUCUUUAAAGAGGAGGUGAGUACUGACUGCAUUUGCUUAGAAUGUGAGGGUUGCAGGAUCAGCUCCAUGGACUGUGGAGGCUGGUAGCUCUGGGUCCCCCCACAGAGAAGGACCUAUCCUCAGAUCCACCAGGGGAGCCUUGGAACUUAAAGCAGUCCCAUCAGGCAGCCAUUUCCUGCCCGGAGUUCAUGGAGCUUGAUAGGUGGUCCCAUGGUAUUGGGUGGGGGGGGGGCUCCAGGGGCCUCUGUCACCCUUCACUGCAGGGAGUGCCAUGUAGUCACUCACUGUUGGGCUGCACCCCACAGGCCUGUAAGCCGUGUAGUUGUCCAACCUUGAGACUGAAAAAAGAGCCCGGGACAGUAACAGAGAUAUUCAUGGUUAAUAUAAUGGUGCCUUUCUCCAGUGGGAGCCUGGAUUAAUUACCUUAGUAGUCUUAGGUGGGGCCAGGUAUAAACCAGGUGAAAUCUGUAAAUCCCUUUCCAAUCCUAUUCCCCACAGGGCAGCAAACCCAAACCACCAAAACUUACCUGCCCGUCCUGGGACCAUUUGCUAGUGUGCUCCUCUGGGCGUAGAUCCUGUAGCAAAGGCAAAAAUGAGUUAUUGUCCUGAGAGAGAGUUGGCAGUGGUCUUUCGGUGGUCAACAGUUGAACUUGGGUUGUAUUAACUAGUUGCCUCCCAGUUAACAUGGCCCUGGGAUGAUUGCUCCUGGGAUAUUCAGUUACAGUUUGUAGAGCUUGAGUUAGCCUCUGGUCCACCUGUUGAGAGAGCGGGUUUCCAGCUCAGUUGUUAAGUAGUCCUUUUAUCCUUUCCAUUAGCCGGGCAGCAGUGGGGUCGUGAGGCCGGUGGAAGUGCCAGUGUGUGUCAUUUUUAUCAGCCCAUUCCUGAACUUUGUGGCUGGUAAAGUAGAUUCCUUGGUCACUAUUGAUGUCCACGGGGGUCCUGUAUGUCACACACAGCUGUCUUAGAUCCCAAAUAGUGGUUUUUUGCGUUGCUAGAUGACCCGGGUAGGCCUUUUGUAAUGUCUCCCAGAAGCCCAAGGGUACUCUUAUGUUGUUGUAGCACAGGCCCCAACCAAACUUUUCCAGGUAACUGGCCAUGUCCAAUUCACAAGACUGUCCCUGAAUGAAUAUCCCCCAAAGGCUGUGUCUGGUUGUUUAGGGGGCGAGGUUGGGGGUAGGCUCAUCUUUUGUAGAUAAUCCAGGUCCUUGCCUUUUGUCUGUAUUCACCAGUCAUCCCCGUCAGAUGAGCCACGAGCUUAAGGCUGCUGCUCUUUAACUGAGAAGAGACUCUGAAGGUAACAGAGUGGAAGAGAAUCAAGAUAAUGCAAGAGAAGGACAUCUCUCCUGGUAGCCAGCUGCCACAGGGCGCCCCAGGCUGGUGGAUGGCCACCUCGGGAUCCCCCGUGCAACCUCUGUUCCCCUUCCUUACUUCUGGCAUCUCGGGAGUUUCUUCGGCCUCCUGGCUGGCUCCUGGCUUGCCAGUCGUUGGGCUGCCCCCUGCAGUUCUGAAAACCUUGCAGUUACCCAGCCUCAAGACUGAAGAAAGAAUCUGGAGACAGCGACAAAGACAUCAGUGGUUUAUUGGACAGGGGGACCUUAAGCAAAAGGUCCUGGAGUAACACCCCACUGAUUAUGGCAGGCAGGCAGACCACGGCAGUAAUCUUUGCUACUCAGGGGAGAAGGAGGCUAUUAUUUAUAGGGGGAAUUGACGUCAGGUUGGCUCAUCAGUUACCAGGGAAACCAGCUGGGGCACAUCCGUCACAGCCCCUCAGAUUAACGACCAUCACGAGGGCAGAUGUUUCUCUUUAAUAAAUUAGCAGGUAGAACAGGAAUUAGAUCAGUCACUAGCUGGGGCAGGGGGUAAACAUGUUGACAUGACUAGGGUGCAGACAGAAGGGACUGGUUGAGCAGAGGAUGUGCAAAGAGCAAGGGAAGAGCCAUCUUGAAUACACCCACCUUGGGGCUGUGUAGCAUGCCAGGAGUGACCCUUGAGGAGGGCUGGGGGUGGAAGAGAGCAAAGGAAGAGAAUGGCCCCUGGGAGUGAUGCCUGCACUCCAGGGUGACAUGGACAAAGGCUCUGAGUGGACAGACCUGGCUGGCCGCAGCAUCCUUAAGGAUGCCAUGUCCCUAUUUCCCCACCUCCUGCAAACCCAGGUGCAGUCCAGGGCCUUCCAACAGGAGCUCAAGGCCAGGCACCUGAAGCCCUGUCCUGUUGCAUCUACACUCAGUGCUGGCUCUGGGCCUGAGCCUGGCUUGGGCUCCUUCCUGCUCUGUACCUGAAGGAUGCUGGCAUUUUCUGACUCCAGAGGAGGCCUCAAACCCCAUCCCACCCAACGCACAGACAACUGCCCUCAGGAGCUUUUGGUCUUCAGGUAAAUAAACACAGAGGGGAACAUGCAGAUGCUGGAAAAUGAUGGAUUUGCUUUGAGAUUCUGCAAAACUUUGUAAGGUACGCGCCUCCUUUUCAUCCUUCAAUGGAAGCAGGGGCCUACCUGUGGAAACAUCCCAGGGCCCAGAAAUGGAUCUAUGGUGAAGAGGUCAAAGGUGGGAGGGCCAGGGAAGUGAGGGAACAGGGCUGCCAGUGGGCACACCCCAACCCCCCCCCCAAAAAAACUUCCAAAGGCCCCAGUCCAGAAUUGGGGCUCUGCUGCCAUCUAAUGGAGGAAAAGCAGCCUCUGGAGCUGCCUGCUGGGGCUCCACCAACCUGGCUCCCCUAAAAAAGAGGGACUUGAAGGACCUUCCUGCCUCCAGACCUUUUAUUCCCCUGGAGCCUUGAGCUUUGUUUCCUAUAGCCUCUGAAGCUCCCUGGCUGCCCCGUUUCCCAACCACCACCCUCCACCCCACUGUUUCCCCAGUUUCCUUUGUUGCCCAGGUUCUGAUGCUGGUGCCCUGGUUCCUGGCCUUGCUAGAGUUCUGGUUCCGGAAGUCCUUUGCUAGGUGCCUCGGGCAUGUGCUGCAUCCCCCAGCGCCGGGGGCAAAUGGACAUCCGCAAAGGUGUAGUGAGCCUGGCCAUGGGCGCCGGGGCCAUCUACCUGCUCUACAAGGCCGUCAGGGCUGCCGUGAAAUGUCAGCCACCCCUCUGCUCUGCCUCACCCAUCUGCAUCGCCCGCCUGGCAAUCGAGCGAGAGCGGCACGGGCGGGACUCAGGUGAGCUCCGGAAGCUCCUCAACUCUUUGGAGUGCAGACAGGACGAGUACGCCAGGAGCAUGGCCCUGCACAGCAUCACACGCUGUGUGUACCUGCUGGAGUCCGAGGCCUCUGCUUGUACUAAUGAUGACAUCGCAUUGGUGGGCUCCAUGCUGGAUGACAAGGACAACAGUGUCAAAAUCCAAGCUCUGAAUACACUUAAAGCUUUCUCUGGCAUCAGAAAAUUCAGGCUCAAAAUCCAGGAACACUCCAUCAAGGUGCUGGAACUGAUCUCCACCAUCUGGGACUCAGAGCUGCACAUUGCAGGCCUCAGACUCCUCAACAACCUCCCACUGCCUGACUUUGUGCACCCACAGCUGCGACGGGUGAUGCCUGCCUUGAUGGAGAUCCUACAGUCAGACUAUAUCUUGGCACAGGUGCAAGCCGUGCGACUGCUGAGCAACCUGGCACAGAGGAACGACCUUCUCUAUGAUAUUCUCAACUGCCAGGUGCACGCCAGCUUCCUGAACCUCUUCCAGUGCACACAGCCCGGGAGUCUGCUGUUCGAGGUACUGGUGUUUGCAGAGCGGCUGAGUGAGGGCCGGAGUUCACCCCACUACCGUGCCGUGGAGUGGCAUUACAAUGAACAGUCUGUGCAUGAAGCUCUCUUUGGGGACGACUCACGACUGGCAGACCGGCUGCUUGCCCUGGUCAUCCACCCCGAGGAGGAUGUUCAGAUCCAGGCCUGCAAGGUCAUAGUCAGCCUGCAGUGCCCUCAGGAUGUGGGAGUCCGGCCCUCCUGCCCAUCCAGUCAUUCCUGCUUUAAUAACAUGGAAUAAAAUUGCGGGGAGCCAAUAAACGAGUAUGAGAGAGAAGCUUGAGGGGCAGUGUCUGUCCAGGGCCUUCCAGGGUGGGUGUAGAUUUCAGCCAGAAUAUCUGCCUGUCGAAGCAUGAGCCUGUCUCCCCAGAUGCAUUCCCACUUCCCUGUUUAGUGGACAGACUCCCUUCUCUUGCUGCUCUUAUUUUGUGAGUGACAAUUUUUAUUGGUAUAUAGUUGAUUUAUAAUAUGUUAGUUUCAGGUGUACAGCAAAGUGAAUCAGUCAUACAUAUACACAUACCCACUCUUUUUUAGAUUCUGUUCCCAUAUAGUUCAUUACAGAGGACUGAGUAGAGUUCCCUGUGCUAUACGGUAGGUUCUUAUUAGUUAUUUUAUAUGUAGUAGUGUGUAUAUGUCAUUCCCAAUCUCCCGGUUUAUCCUUCGCCCUCUCUUGCUGCUUUGAAAUUUGAACGUGGAGCCAAUGCUUUCAGGGAGUUUUGGGGAGAAGGCAGAUUUGGGGACUGAGGCCAAAAAUAAUCAACAGGAGACAGUACAGCACUGGAUGACUCAGGAUAGGCUGGGCUACACCACAGUUACAACCUCCAGAUCUUAAUGGAUGACCAAGGUUAUUUCUUUUUCACACUGCAUGCUCCUGGCAGGUCAGGGGAAAGGAAAAGAGGGGUAGGAAAAGUGACUUGCCCAAGGUCACAUGACUUGUCUUGGGCAGAAAUAGUAUUAGAACCUCCUAGUUUUUACUGGGCUUUUUACUUUCAUAUUGCUUGGUCCAAGCCCUGUGAGAGCGGGUCAUGGAUUCUAAGCCACAAUCUGUGGCCGCUGAGAAAGGCCUCAAUGCUUCUGGAUUUUAAGGGCCAGUUUAGGCCUGAACUACGAGGAAACCUGUCCCCACCGUAUCCCUGACCCAGGACCUCGUCACUUGAGUGGGUGGACGGUGGGUGAAGGGUUGUUGAUUAGAAUGCACCAAUCAGAGCCAGUUCUUACCAAGGGACCAUCCUUAUCACCACCUCCCAAAGUUUGUUUUGUCAUCUCUGGGUAGACAGUCACUAGCAGGUCUGAAUCAUCAGCUCUCACCUCUCUCCUGAGCUCAGGACUGAGGCUCCUCCUUCCUGCUACUUGGAUACAAUGCAGUCACCCCAGUGGAACUUGUAAAAAGCCAGCAUCAUCCUACCCACCCCUCCGCCAGCUCCCCGUGUUCCCAUGUCACAACCAAGGUGCGGGGAGUCACCUUAACGUCUCCUUACUACCACAUCCACCCGGUCUUUCAGUUCCCACCGCGACACUAUCCCCCACGCCAGGACUUUUGGGAAGUCAUUCUGCCGCUUCUGGUCUCCAUUUUCUGCGGCCCUACACACUGCAUACUAAUCUUAGAACCCCACAUUGGGACUUCCCUGGUGGUCCUGCGUUUGAGACUCCGCACUGCUACUGCAGGGGGCGCGAGUUUGAUCCCUGGUCCGGGAACUAAGACCCCACAUGCCAUGCAGCAUAGCCAAAAAAUUUAAAAAGAAUCCCACGUUGCACCAUCCUCAAAAACUUUCAGAGGUUCCCCACCGCCAAAGUGAACUUUUCUCAGCCCCAAACUGUCACGUGAUCUGACAAGCAUAAGUGUACCUACACCAAAAGCAGGCAAGAUUUUGUCCUGGAUGGUAUGGUCAUUGGAGCCCUUUUUUACAUAAUAGCACCAAAUGAAUUCACUGUGUUUAAGGCCCUUCACCAUCUGUUCAUCUUGCCGGCCAUUAGCCUAGCAGGUCAACACUCUUCUCCAGCCAAACCUCGUUUGGUCUCACCCCCGAGGUUUUCAUACAGACUUCUCCCUGCCUAUAGGGCCCUUCUUUCUCCUUUCCCCUGGUCUGUGUCCCCAUGCUCUGCUGCAGUCUAGAGUUUUCUUCAACUAUAUCAGCUGUUGGCGCUUCCUACAGCACUUCUCACCUGAACCUCUCAUUUUGCAAAUUAAAGCUUGGGUCUUAUAAACUUUGUUCUUUUUGCAGUAGGUCCUAUCUGAGUGCUUGUGAAAACUUUGAAGGAAGAGUCUGCAGGCACAUGAUAACAACUGGCUGAUGGUAAUGAAAGGAGUGCUGGCGGUGGACAAUGAGAUAAGGAGGGGUGUAUUGGUUAUUGGUUGCUGUGUAACAAAUUAUGACAAAACUGAGUGUAUCAUCCUGGGUCCAAUCAAGAGAGAGAAACCACACAGUAAUUUGAACAGGGAGAUUUAAAAAUAAUUGUUACUGCAAUCUCCUGUUGUAAAUAAGAACUGAUUAGUAAGGAGUAAAGAGAACUCUAAAGAAUACAUGAAUAGCAGACCUAGAAGCAGCCCUUCCUUAUCUCCAGGGCUGGGGCUGAGCCACAGCACCCAGGGAAGAGAUACCCACCCCCUACCUCAAGGUUGAAAUCCAAACUUUGUUGAGGAGAACACAGCCUGUGGCUUACCAGAUGGCAGAAAACUCACUAGCGGUGUCAUACCAGUGGAACUUGCAGAAAUCUGCCUUCUUAGAUGCCAGGGAAAGCUCUUCACAGGGAGGUGUCAAGCCAAAGGCACUCCACUACAGAACCGCCUGAGCAGGGUACAGGAGCCUCCACGUACUACAGGAUCCUGGUGCUGGAGAAGGCGUGAGUGCUGCAGGAGCCUCCUGCUGGAUGCUGGAGAAGCUGCAGGAGGUGGAGGCACUGCUGACACUGCUGCCCAAGGGACAGUGCCAGGAGGAUCUGCUGGCCACUGGGUGUUGCUGGCCACUCCAGGAACUGGGCACUGGUGAAGCUGUUUGCACUAUAGGAACGUGCCAAUCAAGCGCACUUGAACUGGGAAGCAGAAACCUUUUCCUCGUGCAAUGUCUCUGCAGCUCUUUUCCUCUUAAUUUAAAAUAUGA